GCGUGUCCCUCCUUGUCGCAGCCAUGGCACAAAUCCUGAGACUGGGCGGGUCUGCCUCUAACGUGAUUGUCGGGAAGAUCGGGCAUGGUUUAAUGAUGAUGACAUGGAAGGCCAACGUGAGCCCCGAACAGGAUCAACAAUGCUUCGAAGCAAUCAAGGCGGGCGUGGACGCGCUCCCGCCGGGCGCGAAGAUGUUUAUCAAUAGCGGCGAAUUCUAUGGACCCAACCUCUCGACCGCCAACUUGGAGAUGCUGUCGCGCUUCUUUGAGAAGUAUCCAGAGUACGCCGACAAGACAUUUCUCUCGGUAAAGGGUGGAUUGAAGCAUCUGAGCUUCGAGCCUGAUGCAUCCCCCGAGAAUCUGCGACGCAGCAUCGACAACAUCAAUGCAGCCCUGCGUGGGACCAAGCGUGUCGACCUCUUCCAGUCGGCGCGCGUCGAUCAUCGAGUGCCGAUCGAAGAUGCGAUCAAGACCAUGAAAGGUCUGAUUGACGAAGGCAAGUUCGACCACAUCGGCAUGUCCGAAUGUCGUGCAGAUACUCUCAGGCGAGGGAACUCGGUUCAUCCGAUUACGGCCGUCGAAAUUGAAGCCAGUCCCUGGUCUUAUGAGGACGAAACCAAGAAAGUCAUUGCAACGGCGCAAGAACUCAACAUAUCUGUUGCGGCGUACUCGCCGCUUGGGAGGGGUUUCCUGGCAGGCCGGUGGCAAAGCAUUGAUGAUCUCCCCGCUGAUGAUAGAAGAAGGAAUUUUGCAAGAUUUAAACCAGAGAAUUUUGAGCACAAUAUCAUGAUAGUGAAAGCUGUGAAAGCCCUGGCUGACAAGAAGGGCAUUACCCCAGCCCAGCUGUGCAUUGCCUGGGUAGCUCACCUAGGCCCCCAUAUGCUCCCUAUCCCUGGGUCCUCCCACAAAGAUCGUACACUGGAGAAUGUGGCUGCUGCAAAUGUAGACUUGUCUUCAGAGGAUAUGGAUUCUAUUGGUAGGAUCCUGUUGCAAUAUCCUGUUAAGGGUGGGCGGUACUGGGAUGCUAGUGAAGCUGAGCUGCAUUUGUGGGGUUGA